AUGGCAGGUUUUGCUCCGGCUUACCAGCAUCAAAGCAACGAUGCCUGGCUCAACCAGGUCGUCAACGAUAUAAUCGAUCAAGCAUCGGUGCGUUCUCGAAGCCUGAGCAGGAAUGGAUCCAAUCGCAGCCUGAGCAGGUCCAUCCGAAGCCCAAGAGGUUCAGUCCGAAGCCGGAGUAGGUCUGUCGCGACGUUCCUCAGUGCCAAAAGCGAGAAGUCGAGACAAGCAGAACCCAUGCAGUCUAUGGAUCAUGUACCACGCACUGGCUCUCUCAGCGACGAAACGGGCUCAUUGCACACGGGACGAGAGACGCCUCGAUCGAUGCUGUCGGCAUCCCCACCUCCGCCAGCAUACACUCGACGCUUCAACCACGCUCCCAUUAUGUCGGCUUUCAGUGAAGGCUCCAUGAACAGCGAGUCGUCUGCCGGAAUAUCAACGCACGCUUUGACGACGUACGAUCCUGAGACGCUGGUUUCUGGCCGUGUUGAUCGGAAGCCGGAAAUCAUUGGCAAUGACAGCGACAGCAGCCUCACCACCAACGAAAAAAAGAAGUCGUGGUCUGACCAGGAGUCACGAGCCGUCCGCUUCAAUCCUUGGGAACAACGCAUCGAGCCUGAACGUCGUCUGUCCACGGUGUCCGAGUUCUCGGGUUUCGAAUCACAUCCUGCUGUCCGCCCUCUUGAGAAGCGAGAAGACCGCAAGGCGCUAGGUGAAGCCGCGGGUCCUAGCGACGAUGAUCCAACUGUAUACCCAGGCCCAUUGUCGCUGGCGCUCAUCGUGACGGGUAUCUGUCUGUCCGUGUUUAUCAUCUCGCUGGACAGAGUCAUCAUCACAACGGCCAUCCCCAACAUCACAGCACGUUUCCACUCAUACGACGACAUAGGAUGGUACGGUAGCGCGUACAUGCUGACUGCAUCCGCGUUCCAGCCUCUCUACGGCCGCAUCUACAUGUCUUUCCAGACCAAAACGUCGUACCUGGCUGCGCUGGUCAUUUUCGAAAUUGGUAGUGUCGUCGCCGCUACCUCGCCGUCUUCUAAUGCUUUGAUCGUAGGACGGGCUGUCCAAGGCCUCGGUAGUGCGGGUUUGUUGACGGGCGCAUUUGUCGUCGGCACACACUCCGUCCGUCUGCAACAUCGUCCUGUCCUGUUCGCUGGUGUGGGUAUCUUGUACGGCGUCGGUUCGCUCACUGGACCAUUGAUCGGUGGCGCCUUCACUGAUACCAUUGGAUGGCGGUGGUGCUUCUACCUCAACCUGCCCAUCGGCGCCAUCACAUUCGGCACUGUAUUCCUCUGCUUCAAGGCUAAAUCCCAGGCAAUCACAUCGGGACAAGGCACCUCGUUCCUCCAGCGCGUCCGUAAGCUCGACAUCAUAGGCAACAUCAUCCUCCUUGGUGCCACAACAAUGCUCUUUUUGGCCCUCCAGUUCUCCGAGCAGCAAUAUGCAUGGUCCAGCGCUCGUGUCGUCGGUUGUCUUUGCGGCUUCGGCGCGACACUCGUCAUCUUCAUAGCGUGGAUGCUGUACCGUGGCGACGCAGCGUUGAUCCCACCGCGGAUCGUCCGCCAGCGCACCGUGGCGGCAAGCUGCGGCGCCGCCUUCACCAUCUACGGCGCCCUGCUGAUCCACUCGUACUACCUGCCUAUCUGGUUCCAAGCCAUCAAGGGCACCAGCGCCAUUCGAUCUGGUGUCGACAUGAUCCCCUACAUGGUGGCCAACGCUUUCUUCGCGCUGCUCGCUGGUAUCUUUGUGUCUAAGAACGGCAUGUUCGCACCACCAGCCAUCUUAGGCUGCGCCAUCGGCACAGCUGGAUCCGGGCUUCUCACGACACUGAAGCCAACAACACCCCAGGCCAACUGGAUUGGAUACGAAUUUUUGAUCUCCGCAGGUCUCGGCAUGGCCAUUCAGCAGGGCUUCAGCGCCGUGCAGGCCUCGCUCCCAUUGGAAGAAGUGCCCAUCGGCACAGCAGCGGUCGUAGCAUCUCAGUCCCUCGGUGGCGCUAUCUUCGUGUCCGUCGGCAACACAUUGCUGCAGAAUAAUCUGCUUAACGCUAAUAACGACAAACUCAUCCCUGGUGUCGACGUCAGGGCUGUCAUCGAGCUCGGUGCCACCAAAUUCAGGAGCGUCGUCCCCGCGAAGGCUCUCCCAGCGCUGGUCAAGCUGUACAACGAUUCCCUUCAGGAGGCAUUCAUCGCUGCCGUCGUCCUGUGUGGGGGUGCACUCAUUUGCAGUCUGUGCAUGGAGUGGAAGAGUCUUAAGAAUGGGCACUCCGACGGUGCGGGUGCCCUGACGAAUGAGAAGGAGAAGAACCCAUCUGAAACAGAGUCUGGCUCAUCGCCUCGAUCCUCCCAUUCGCGGUCAGGGUCGGCACAUGAAACUGGGGCUGUAAGGGAGACUGAGACUGCUUGAUGAUGAUCUGAUCAAGAAAGGACAUCGUCGUACAUGAGGAUAUGAGGAACAUGACAACGGCGUUCAAAAACUUUCAUUGCCGUCGCAUGAGAAAACAUAUACC